UCUUGAUUAGCGUAUGAGGUUGGGUCUGGAGACAAGACAGUACCGUAGCGAGCGAACGUACGUUUGAAAAAGAUUCGUCCAUAUAACAUCAUGCACUGCAGAAAAAGGAAAACAACACGACAUUGAUUUCGUUUGCGAUCGGCGUUCCAACGUGCGUUUCAUACUUCAACAGGGCUGCGGAAGAAUCAACAAUUAUGGCGAGUGUAUUAGAGGAUCCAACUUUGGAAAGGCACUUCAAGGGCCACCGAGAUACAGUCACCAGCGUAGACUUCAACCCAAAUAUGAAGCAGUUGGCAUCGGGAUCGAUGGACUCCUGUUUGAUGGUCUGGAAUUUCAAGCCCCAGAUGAGGGCCUACAGAUUCGUUGGUCACAAGGAUGCUGUUCUGUCAGUGAACUUCUCUCCCUCUGGUCACUUGGUAGCCUCCGCUUCAAGAGAUAAAACAGUCCGGUUAUGGAUACCCAGUGUCAAGGGAGAGUCCACUGUAUUCAAGGCCCACACAGCGACAGUCCGGAGCGUUGAGUUUUCAAGUGAUGGACAGUACCUGCUUACAUCGUCGGACGACAAAACAGUCAAGGUAUGGACAGUGCACCGCCAACGGUUCCAGUUCUCCCUCAGUCAGCACAUGAACUGGGUGCGCUGUGCCAAGUGGUCCCCUGACGGCAGGCUCAUUGUGUCCGGCAGCGACGACAAGACGGUCAAGAUAUGGGACCGGACGAGUAAAGACUGCAUCCACACCUUCUUUGAGCAUGGAGGCUUUGUUCACAAUGUAGCAUUCCAUCCCAGCGGGACGUGUAUAGCAGCUGCAGGGACAGACAGCACUGUUAAAGUAUGGGACAUCAGAAUGAACAAGCUCUUGCAGCACUAUCAAGCUCAUACAGCAGCAGUAAACAGCUUAUCCUUCCAUCCAAGCGGCAACUACCUCAUCACAGCCUCCAACGAUUCCACCUUAAAGAUCUUGGACUUGCUGGAAGGCAGGCUGUUCUAUACCUUACAUGGCCAUCAGGGCCCGGCCACAGCUGUUUCAUUUUCCAGAACAGGGGAGCAUUUUGCCUCAGGAGGGGCAGAUGAACAGGUGAUGGUCUGGAAGACCAACUUUGACCAGAUAGACUAUAAUGAGGUCCUGCAGUCCCAUCGGGCCCGGUCCCAGACCACUACCGCUCCACCGCACAUCCAUGACAUCCAUCCCCGGUCCCCGCACCACAGGCACAGUGUGCGGAGUACCGGCGCAGACAUCAAUGCCCACAGUGAGCCCAAGAACAUGGGUGCCCCAACGCCAAACGUGACCAACCUCGGUCCGGCAUUGUUCUCACAGCCCAGGCAAAAGGGAAUGGUCAAUGGCACGUCAGGGUCACCCAAGGGCUUCUCAGGGCUGGACCUGACCUCGGCGGACAUAGAGAGACGAGGCCUAGAGGAGGGGCAGGGUCUGAACGCCUACCAAUCCUCCACCGCACCUUUGGAGGUCAAAGAGAUGCCCCCCGCCCUGUCCAAGACCUUGGAGAAUUUUGUGGGCCAACUGGAUGUUCUAACACAGACUGUGAACAUCUUGGAGCAGAGACUGACGAUGACAGAGAACAAGUUACGGGAGGUGCUUGACAACCAGCAGAAGAUCACCUUGCAAGUCAGGCCCACGGAAUAAACAACCUGGUAUUCCUAGAACCAUGUUGUAAUAUACAAAUAUAACAUUGUUUGAGGGGUAGUAGUGUACAAAAUUACUGGAGGGUUGGUUAAAUGACGACACAAAGCUGAGGGAAGGAGGCAAAAUCACUGAGGGACCAUUCACUUGAGGGACGCAUUGGAAAAUUGACCAAUGAAAGAGUGCAUUUAGCUCAUUUAUGGGUGCGUUCGAUUAGCUUACAUGUGUAAGUAAUACUUACACGACAGCGUUCGAUUAGCCAUCACUUGAUCCUCGUGUCUGUCCUGGUGUCAACUCCAGCUCGUAAGCGGGUCUCUGGUGGCUGCCCGGGUUGUGACGCCAGUGGACGAUUUCGUUGAUAGGAAGAUUAAAGAUGUUGGGAAUUUGAAAACAAAGUGAAAACAUUCAAUGGAGAGAUUUAUGACACAAAUAUUGCCUAUUAUUAACAGUGUUCAAUUGGAUGGACAUCUUUUUGAUAAUUCAUAGCAUAUCCUGCCAUUUCAGAAAUUGUUGAUCUGUUUACAGUGAUAAAACUAAUUUACAAGUGAAGCAGACGACAGUAUGCCUUGGGUGUUUUCAUUUUAAAGUCCCGCCCCAAAAUAAUCUUUGACCUUAAUUUUCCCAGAGUGUUUAGGCAAAUACACUGCAGCGUUCGACAAGCCUCAUUUCGUGGCUUCCCCGGGUGUAACCUGGUGUCCAAAUGGGGAAGCUAAAUC